GGACGUGGGCGCCGCGCCGCUCCAGGUCCAGGUCCAGGCGAACCAUCACAAAAAAUAAUCCGGAAGCUAUCAGUCGAGCGCAUCAUCACGCGACAUUCUUGAUGCUCAGUUCACCUCACCUCACCGGCUCACCGCACCUUGUGUCAGUCACCCUCCUCGAGAUGCCGUUCCUGCCUCCACGUCGCAGUCCGCCACAGCGACCUCUAUUAAACGGCAACAACUCAUGCUGCCCCCGCUGCCACACCCGCCGCUUAUCAUGCGCUGGCGAAGGCGAUUGAGCGAGUUCAGCGGCUAAUAGAUUUUCAGUUUUAUUUCCGGGAGAAUGCGGGGUGGCGGCGGGGCUUCCUGGCUUUCGUUUCGCGGCGUGGUGGUGGAGGAAGAAGAGGCGGUGGUUUCGGCGCCGGAAAAGCCAAUGCGGCGGGGGCGGCGGAGGUGGGGAGCGGAGGUGGACGACGGCUACUCGCCGAGCUCCACGGGCGGCGGCGGGAGCAGCUGCUGCGAUUCCUUCGGCUGCGACUCGCCUUUGGCCGGGUUCGUGCGCCCAGAUGGUGACCCAGACACAGAUCUGGAGACAGAUGGGUUGGCCACUUCCACCUCCAGUGCUUCUGCAGCCUUUACCGAGCGGCAGGACGACGAAGCGGAAGAGGCGCUGUACGGGGUGAAGGAAGAGGAGUGGGCUCAGAUACAAGAACCAGCCAAGAAUCCGGCAUUCCGUGCCACCCCAGAAUGCCACAAACAGCGGUACCGGACGGAUGCUGCUGUUCUUUUGCAUGGUAGGAAGGGGUCGAAACAGCGGCCGGCCUCACUUGACCUCGGUAGCCCUGGGUUCCAUGGAGCCACGUUUUCUCCAAGUUUCGUGAUUGGUGGUGUGGGGUUGAUGAACAAAGGACUUGGAGCAUCAGUCAUCAGGUCAGACGUGUUUCAUAGUCCUGGGACGCCGAACUAUCCGCGCCACCGUGCAUCAGUGUUAGGGUGCCAUAAAGGGUGGAGCUCUGAGAGAGUUCCACAUCCUUCUAAAGGAAAUAGGCGGUACCCAGGCAGCAGCAUGGCAUUUCCUUACAGCAAUGGGAGGACAUUGCCCUCGAAAUGGGAGGAUGCAGAGAGGUGGAUCUUCAGUCCCAAUUCCAGCGACGCGCUUGGAAGAACUACGGUUGCUCAUGCUCGGCGACCGAAGUCUAAAAGUGGCCCCCUGGGGCCUCCAGGAAGACUUGGUGGACAGUAUUCAUCUGUUUCUUCAGUGUCAUUGCUUGAUAAUGGGAGAGCUGGACCUAUUACAGCAAAUUCACCUUUUGCGGCUGGAGUACUAAUGCCGGAACAUGUUUGUGAAGGAAAAAGUACAAAUGGAACCUAUUCAAGUAGACCAAUUGGUAACGAAAUCAACAUUGGAAGAGGAGUCAAAAUUUGUCCACUGAAUGGUGGGUCUCAUCCUGUUCGAACUUCCAGAGUUCGCCAGCGAUUAGAUUAUGCAGUCGAAUCAUCUGUUUCAUUGCCUAGCACGCAAGAAUCUGUCCAAGACGAGCAGGUUGAAAUCACAGAAGAUUCAGCUUCUACUAUUGCUUCUAUAAUUUCUAGAAAAGAUGCUGCAACCCAGACCAGUCCAGAGCUAAGUAGGUCCUCUUCACCCAACACUAGACCAACAUUUAAUGGUUCCUUGUCAACAGAACAAGUGAAAGAGAAGGGGAGCUGUUUGUCAGAUCUUGAUAUCAGGGAUGUUCAGAUGGAUGAUCGAGUGACUUUGACUAGGUGGUCAAAGAAAAAUGUAACACGGUCGUCUAACAAGAAUUCAACAAACAUAAUAGAGUGGAGCGAAAAGACAGUGGAAUCAAAAUCUUCGUCCUGGGGCUUUGCCAAAGCGAAGUGCAUUUCUAAGAUUGAUAGAGAGGACACAGAAAUUACUGCAUGGGAGAAUAUUGAAAAAGCAAAAGCUGAUGCAGCAAUUCAGAAGUUAGUGAUUAAGUUAGAGAAGAAAAGGUCAUCUUCGCUUGAUAAGAUUUUGAACACCCUCAAAUCUGCUCAAAGGAAAUCCCAGGUGAUGCAUGAGCAUGAGCGUGAUGCAGUAACAGCAAACCAAGAUGGAAAAGGCUCUAGGAAGGCAAAAAAGAGAGCACAACUCAGCAAGAAUGGCCAAAUCAGUUCACUGAGUGGCUGCUUCACUUGCCAUGCUUUCUGAUACAUGUAAUUCCAAAAUUGAGAAUCAGGAUCCGACAAAUUCCUUCGCAUUCCAUGCACCACCUUCAUGUUCCCCACAUCAAAAUCUGGGUGAAGUUCGGAGAUCCAUCACAUAUCAGUACAUAAUAUGAUGAUCCCACAGCUGGAGAUUAGACAGAGAUCUUUCGAAGAUGCUAGCUGCAGGCUCCAGCUGCUAUGAUAGGGACAAUGCCAAGGGGACAAAUAAAAUGCAGCACGAAGGAAAGGAGGAACAGUACUGCGUACACCCCAUGUGCCCGGGUCGAUGCCUCCUUUAUCAUUGUGCUCUGCCUUGUAGCUAGGCACUGUGAGGCUCUGAUUGCAAUCUUGUUGCCAAAGCUGUAUGGAUCAUACUAAGAGCAAUUCCAUUGCACCCAAGGGACAGCAAAAUCUUGAGGUACGAGGAGAAAUCAUGUCCUGCUUGUGCGUGUGACUAUUUGAGUGCUCUGCUGGGCGCUGGAAGGGAACCACGCCCCGUUGUCUCUUUUGUUUGGUACAGUGCUUUACGAAGGUGCCAUCGGGGUGACUACUUGCAUUUGCUUUUCAGCAGCGUCGGUGUGUUGUGUUGUGUGUACCUCUUCUCUUUGGGAAACUGAGAUGUUGGUUUGGCCUGGAAACUUCGGAAUAUCAUAUACAGGGACGAAAAUAAUCAUCACUAUGACGAUUUGUUGUGGGUGUCAUUUUACGGCAGUUAUUCAUCUGGAAUGCUAGUGGCCUUUUUAACA